AUGGCUCAGAACAACUUCGACCGCCGCCGUAUCAAUGGCCCAGAAGAAAGCUUUCCGCCAGUCUUUGAGGGUGAAGAUGAUAUACCCGACACGCUAUCUGGAAAGCCUCGAGCGGGGCGGAACCCUGGAGAUAUACGACCAAUUUUUCUGAAGGCUGGACUCAUAAGCCAAGCAAACGGUUCCGCAUACAUUGAGACUGCGCGGACAAAGAUUGCGUGUGCAGUAUAUGGCCCUCGACAAUCCAAAACAACCGUUUACAGCGAGAACGGACGCCUGAACGUGGAAGUAAAAUUUACACCUUUUUCGUGUACACGGAGAAGGGCACCUAUACGCGAUGCAGAGGACAGGUCGGUGGCAGCACAGAUACAGCAAGCCCUUCUUCCAGCUGUGAGACUUGAUCUCCUGCCAAAAUCAACCAUCGACAUUUUCGUAACCAUUAUCGAAAACGAUGGCAUUGAGGGCUGCAUAGCAUCUGGAUCAGUUGCCGCUAGUGCUGCGCUUGCGGAUGCGGGGAUAGAAAUGUUGGGUCUGGUGAUGUCAUGUGCAGCAUCUACCCUUGGAAAGGAGAUAUGGUUGGACCCCACUGAGAAGGAAGCACAGGCCGCUUCAGGGAGUUUGAUCCUCGCCGGUAUGCCAGCUCUAGAUACCAUCACAAGUGUAUGGCAGUCAGGUAGAAUGACCCCCGCACAAGCAAUCCAAUGCAUGGAGGUCUGUCAAGAACGUUUCGUAGAUAUUCACUCCAUAGUCGCUCAGGCUCUUCUGGAUAAUGCUCAAGUGACAUGA